CACGUGACACUCACGUGAUGAUCUCUGCUAUUAUUAAUCUCUCCCCAAUUCGAAAGCCCUAGAGAGCCAGAUCUCAAUUUCUCCAUUCAGGAAAAAAUGAGCAGCCGUUCGAGUAGAACAAUUUACGUCGGAAACCUUCCCGGCGAUAUUCGUGAAAGAGAAGUUGAAGAUUUGUUCAGUAAGUAUGGACCUGUUGUUCAAAUCGAUUUGAAGAUUCCGCCGAGGCCUCCAGGCUAUGCAUUCGUCGAGUUUGAGGAUGCUCGGGAUGCUGAUGAUGCAAUUUAUGGCCGUGAUGGUUAUGACUUUGAUGGGCAUCGUUUACGGGUGGAACUAGCUCAUGGUGGGAGGCGUUCAUCACAUGAUGCACGCGGUAGUUACAGUGGCGGUGGUCGUGGCGGUCGUGAUGGUGGUGACGGUGGUGUUCGUGGGCGUGGACCAUCUAGGAGAUCUGAGUACCGCGUUGUAGUGUCAGGUUUGCCGUCAUCUGCGUCCUGGCAAGACCUCAAGGAUCACAUGCGUAAAGGAGGAGAAGUUUGUUUUUCGCAAGUGUUUCGUGAUGGUAGAGGUACAACUGGAAUAGUAGAUUAUACCAGCUACGAGGACAUGAAAUAUGCGAUUAAAAAGCUCGACGACACAGAGUUUCGGAAUGCGUUUUCUCAUGGAUAUGUUCGGGUUAGAGAAUAUGAUUCAAGGAGGGAUUCGAGGAGCCCCAGCCGUGGAAGAUCCUAUUCUAAGAGCCGCAGUCGUAGUCGCAGCCGGGGGCGGAGCCCUAGCCGCAGUAGAAGCAGGAGCAAGAGCAGAAGUCCAAAGGCUAAAUCUUCGCGCAGAUCACCUGCAAAAUCUACAUCGAGAUCUCCUCACUCUCGCUCCCGCUCUAAGUCAAGGUCACUGUCUCCACGGGGAUCUCGUUCAAGGUCAAGAUCUCCUCUACCCUCUGUUCAGAGGGAAGCAAGCAAGAGCCCAGCGAAAAGCCCUAUCCGUGGGAGGAGCAAGAGCAGAAGUAGGAGUCCAUCUCGGUAAAGAAACAUCUCGUAAUCAAGGUAAAAAAGCUGGGUUUGUUGGAAGAUUCUCCUAAAGAUGAUAUCUCUGCUAAUUGCUAUGUUGUUGUUGUUGGUGUGACUAAAACAAAGUAUGAUAAGUUGAAAAACUAGUUGUAUUUCUGGGUUACCUCAUGAGAUUUCACUCUCUUUUUUUUCUCUCUUAAAUAUUCACUGUAACUGUGUUCAGGAUUCUCUAUAAUAAGUUAGUGCUCAAUAGGAACUAUAAAAAAUUUACUA